GAAAAGCAGAUUGGCAGGUUGUGCAUGGGCUCUGUUAUGACAUAUAGAUCUGGUUCACGGGGACACGAGCUCACAUUUUGUUCUGUUCUGGGGGGAAAGGUAAAGAAAAAUGUGUCCCACGUUGGGGUUCCCAAGCACAAGCAGCAAAAAAAGACGAUCCAAGAGCCAAAAUCGAUGGAUUUCACAAGCAGCUGGCUUGAAAUUGGAACAGAAGCUUCAGUGAUCAGAGGUAAAAAAGGGUUUCCUAGAAAUAUGAGCUCUGCAUUCUGUAGUGACGGAUUUCAGAGAGGCCCUCAGGGGUGUAAAGGUUAAGGAACCUGUCUGCACUGUCCUAAAGGCAAACAACAUUUUGCUAGCCUUGAGUAAAGUCCAAUGGGAAUCACAGAGAGACAGAACAGCCUGAGAGGCAGCAGCCAAACCGACGAAAUAGAACCCAGAUUCCUCACAUCGUCCUCAAACGGAGGUCUUCUAUCAUGGAUCUUCUCCACAGCUGGGGGGUCCAGCUGGCCGUCCACCUGCAGACGACAUACAGCAGCUACCAAGGCUGGUUCGACCUGGCGUCCACGGUGGCAGAUCUGCACACCACCUUCUUCUGCUGGUUCCCCGUCUGGUUCUACCUGCAGAGGAACACCGGACUCCGGCUCAUCUGGGUGGCUGUCAUCGGAGACUGGCUCAACCUGGUCCUCAAAUGGGUACUUUUUGGGGAAAGACCCUACUGGUGGGUUCAAGAGACCCAGUUUUAUGGAGCAGGACCAAGACCUUCACUGCAACAGUUCCCCAUCACCUGUGAAACCGGACCAGGAAGCCCUUCAGGUCAUGCUAUGGGUGCAGCUGGUGUCUGGUAUGUGAUGAUAACAGCGUUGCUCGCUGUCGCAACAGAACAACGAUGUCCUCCUUUACUAUACAAGUUUCUGCAGAUGAUCCUGUGGACGCUGAUGAUCCUGGUGAUGCUGGUGGUCUGCAUGUCUAGAGUCUUCAUGGCUGCUCACUUUCCACACCAGGUCAUCGCAGGAGCCAUCACAGGCGUUCUGGUAGCCGAGGUCGUCUCCAAGGAGAAAUGGAUCUACAGCACCAGCAUGACCAAGUACUUCUUCAUCACGCUCUUCCUCACCUCCUUUGCCGUGGGCUUCUACCUGCUGCUCAGGUUUCUGGGCGUCGACCUGCUGUGGACGUUGGAGAAGGCCCAGAAGUGGUGCGUCCAUCCGGAGUGGGUCCACCUGGACUCGACGCCGUUUGCCAGCCUGCUGAGGAACAUGGGGUCUUUGUUCGGACUCGGACUGGGCCUCCACUCGCCGCUCUACACCCAGCAGAAGAACAGUAGCAGCAGUUUCAGGAUGGGAUGUAUUGUGGUGUCGUUGUUCCUGCUGCAGCUGCUGGACGGAUGGACAUUUUCCUCUGAGAACCACAUGACUUUCUAUGUUCUGUCCUUCGGUAAGAGUGCCGUCGCUCUUUUAAUCCCGACCACUCUGGUGCCGUGGGCUCUCUGCAGGAUUCUCACGGAAAAGCGAGAAGACAAAAACAUGUGAUUUAGGUCAAUUGCAAGUCAAUUUUUUUAUAUUUACCAUCAUAGUCUCUUGUCAUUUUUAAGAUUUUAGAACAUUUAGAGUUUCAGGAUAAUGUCACUGAAGGAAAAAAAACGAAUUUCCACUGCAGGAAGUGAUGUGGCGUGAAUCUGCCCAGGAAUCGACUCUUUAACUGCAAUGUUGUCAGAGUGCCCCAAAACAAGAAUAAAUAGCAGUUCCUGUAAAAAAAAAAAAAAAAAAAGGUGAAAUAACAGCAAAUAUCGAUGAAAUACUGAUAUUUCAGCAGACUUAAACACAGUAAAACAGUAUAAUUUCAAUUAACAACAGACUCAAUAACAAGCAGACAUACAACAACUUUCUCUAAAUGUAAUGUCUGGAAAUAAAUUUAGCAUUUUGAUGAUUAAAUAAUAAGUAAGGAAGAAUAUGAAUUGGAUCAAACAUUCAAUGACUGGUAAAAUAUUUGAUGGAAUAGCAACAUUUUGUUUGGUACAAAAUACAGCUGUAGUCAACUAAAGAGAAUCCUGAUUAACUGAACGUCUGCUCCAAAAUCAAGAAGAAGAGUGGACUAAACCACAAAAAAUUAGAGUUUUAUAUAAUUUCUGAAAUAUUUUCUAGUCUAGAUUUUCGUGACAAUCUGCCCAACCCAAAUAUAGCGCUACAGUGGUGCUUCGGAUGUCAGACCAUUUUUGAAAACACAAAACUUUGAACCCAUUUUUCUCAAAAACUAUAGAAAGUGAGUUAGACCACUCUGCUUCCAAACCUUUCAAGUCAUAGAAAAACAUUUACUAUACAGUUUAAGUCAUUAAAGACACUAACAAUGUGGCUAUGCCAUAGAGGAAGGUAACUACACAGCUAAAGUUAUAGAAAGAAGCUAACUACAUAGCCAAAGUCAUAGAAAGAAGCUAGCAAUGCAGCUAAAGCUUUAGAAAGAAGCUAUCUUCACAGCAAAAGUCAUAAAAAGAGGCUCACUACAUAGGCAAAUUCAUAGACAGUAGCUAACAACACAGCUAAAGCUAUAGAAAGAAACUAUCGAUGCACCUAAAGCUAUAGAGAAAAGCUAUCUUCACCAUCCAUAGUCAUAGGCAGAAGCUAACAACACAGCUAAAGUUCUUGAAAGAAGCUAACUACAUAGCUAAAUUCAUAGAAAUAAGCUAACAAUGCUGCCAUAGCUACAGAAAGAAGCUAUCUUCACAGCUAAAGUCAUAGACAGAAGCUGACAACACAGCUAAAGUUAUAGAAAGAAGCUAACUACAUAGUUAAAACGAUAGAAAGAAGCUAACAAUGCAGCUAAAAUCAUAGACAGAUGCUAACAUCACAGCUAAAGUAACUGAAAAACAGGCAAUUACAAAGCUGAAGUUCUAGAAAGAAGCUAACUACACAGCUAAAGCUAUAGAAAACGGCUAACUACAUGGCUAAAUUAAUACAAAAAACAACUAAAUACACAGCUAUGGCCAUAAAAAAUGCUAACUACAUAGCUAAAGUCAUAGAAACAGUUAACUACACAGUGGCGCUUUGGAUGUCAGACCAUUCUUGGAAACACAAAACUUUGAACCCAUUUUUCUCAUAAACUAUAGAAAGUGAGUUAGACCACUCUGCUUCCAAACCUUUCAAGUCAUAGAAAAACAUUUACUAUAAAGUUUAAUUCAUUAAAGACACUAACAAUGUGGCUAAGUCAUAGAGAAUGCUAACUAUACAGCUAAAGUUAUAGAAAACAAGCUAACUACAUAUCCAAAUUCAUAGAAAGAAGCUAGCAAUGCAGCUAAAGCUAUAGAAAGAAUCUAUCUUCACAGUUAAAGUCAUAGACAGAAGCUAACAACACAGCUAAAGUUCUAGAGAGAAGCUAACUACAUAGCCAAAGCCAUAGAAAGAAGCUAUCUUCACAGCUAACAUCAUAGAAAUAAGCUAACAAUGCAGCUAAAGCUAUAGAAAGGAUCUAUCUUCACAGCUAAAGUCAUAGACAGAAGCUAACAACACAGCUAAAGUUCUAGAGAGAAGCUAACUACAUAGCCAAAGCCAUAGAAAGAAGCUAUCUUCACAGCUAACAUCAUAGAAAUAAGCUAACAAUGCAGCUAAAGCUAUAGAAAGAAGUUAUCUUCACAGCUAAAGUCAUAGACAGACGCUAGCAACACUGCUAAAGUUCUAGAAAGAAGCUAACUACAUAGCCAAAGCUAUAGAAAGAAGCUAUCUUCACAGCUAAAGUCAUAGACAGACGCUAACAUCACAGCUAAAGUAACUGAAAAACAGGCAAUUACAAAGCUGAAGUUCUAGAAAGAAGCUAACUACGCAGCUAAAGUAAUAGAAAACAGCUAACUACACAGCUAAAUUAAUACAAAAACAGCUAACUACACAGCAAUUCAGUUUCAGAUAUUUGCUGUUAUUUUCACAAUUUUUCCACUUUUUUUAACAUGGAUUUUCAGUGGGGUUUUUUUUUUUUUUUUACUUUAAUGGAAUUUUAUUUUUGCAGUGUAGAGUUCGUCUACAUUCAGUUAGAGAUUAAACUAGACAUAUUUUUAAAUAAAAGUUUUUACAAAUAUAUGACAGACGGUUUGUGUCAAAAGAGGCAUAUUCUCGUAAAAAUGAAUUUUUUAUAGUAAAUCAAAUAAAAGGAGUUUUUAUGAUCGUGUAAAGAGUCGAGCCUAUUUUCAGAGCUCAGUUCUGCUCCUGAUGUGUGUUGUUUUCUUUUUUACUGAUUAAUUCUUGUGCAGGAACAACCUUUAAACAUUAACCAGAACACGCUCCCUCCACUCGGCCGCCUCCAACACUGACAGCCGCCUUUCACCGGCUUCUGAAGAGACACGGAGGGUCAACGAUCAGACAACAUGCGUGUCCCACAAGGCUUUAAACAGAUAUGAGUCAGCAGGAUUACAGACAUAAAAGCGACACACCUCUGUUUUUAUGCUAAUUAAAUUAUAAAACUACACUACAAUGUUCAGCUGAAUGCGUCUGUAGGUCACAUAAAGUCAGAGAUAACAAAAGUAGGAAAAUGAUCACUUGAGUUUUUUAUGGAUUAAAUAUUAAUCUGUGCUUAAUCUACUUGUGACAGAAGUUUUGUUUGUCAUUUUUGUAUCAUUUACUAUGAAAAAAAAAUACAAUUUCAACACAAUUUCUCCUGUUUGUCUUGUUGCCAUGAGUCAUAAUGAAAGAAAAACCAGAAGUUAACUUUACUUGAUUUUACAGAAACUGCAUCAGUUUUUCAAAAUGUCCACAAAUGUUACAAAUACUGAGGAAAAUAAUAGUCACUUUACACAUCAUAAAUAUUUUAUUGUUUACAUUUUCAAUUUGCUUCCUUACUACACUGCCUGCAGUUCUGCCGAGAACUCUGAAUUUUUGCCACGUGAUUGUAGGUCACACCUGAGUCGGUCAAGACUUCCAAAUUGUGUUGAAAGUUGCAGAAUGUUUUGUUUUUUGCAGAAUCUGUUUAUUGUAAAUGGUUUGUUUUUGGUGAAACUUUAAAUGAAAAGAAUAAAAUAAUUUAGUGAAAUAACACAAUUUUAAGCAUAGAUUCAGUUGCUUUUUUCUGACAGAAUGGCGCGUAAAGAACCACCAGACGUGAUUUUCUCUGUUUUUACAGUUUCUGGCACUAGUAUAAGUCAUUUUGGGGUUAAAAGCGUUUAAAGCUAAUAAGCUUUACAGUUGUGAAUUUGUAUUAUUUUGUUGCUGGUAAGGAUUCUGUGGCAAGUUUACCUGUGAAACAAUAAAGUCUAUAUCGAUCAAAA